AUGAUGCCCCGGCAACCCUAUGCGCCUACACCGCAUAGCUAUAUUCCAAAUACGACGCUCUCAGCGACCAUCAAUCUCGAUGAGGAGGUAAAGUUAGCCGACACUCGCGCCGAGCGCGACCUGCAGGAUUCUCUCGCCGAGAUCUUCAGCAUCAUCGUCACUCUCGACGAGCUCGAAAAGGCCUUCCUCAAAGACGCCAUCCCCGAAGCCGACUACACCGAGAUUUGCGAGCGGUCCCUAAAGCAGUACAAGUCUAUCCUGGCCGACGAGACUGUGGCCAAGGCAUUUCGUGGCCUAGAGGAAUUCAAGGCAGAGUGGGAUGUUCGUAUUGUCGUUUUUCUACCAUCACCCCCCGCUUUACUCUCGAGACUGAUCUCGUUACCAAAACAACAACAGCUCGAAGUCCCCCGCGCAACGGAGCGCAUCCGAGUCGGCAUGCCUUCAACAACCGUCACCGCCUCCUCGAGCGCCGCCCCGGCCCCGUCAGCCGCCGGUAACACGAGCGGCACGCUUAUCCUAGAGGCGACGCAGGAGUUCAUCACCUUCCUCGAUGCCGUCAAGCUGGGCCUACUUUCUAAGGACCAGCUGCACCCCCUGCUAUCCGACGUCAUCCAGUCGGUCAACAAGGUGACGGACCGUGACUUCGACAGCAGGGGCAAGAUCGUGCAGUGGCUCAUCACGCUAAACCAGAUGAAGGCCACGGACGAGCUGAGUGAGCAACAGGCUCGCGAGCUCGAGAUGGAUAUCCAGCAGGCCUACCAGGGGUUCAAGAGUACUCUGACGUAG